AUGCUCGAGGUCGAUACGGAGGCAAUGACAGUGGACCUCGAGGAAGAAUGGCUACCUUGGAACAAGACGGUCUCUACAUUGCAAGGAAACCAUCAAAUCCUGGAGAAUGGCAACCCUAUCAUCGGAUGGGGCCAUCAGUCGUGUUUUCAGGAGUACGACUCCAAUGUCGACCUCUUUGGGCCGCUCGGUUCGGUGUCGGAGAUGUGCAAUACUACCGCGCAUACGGAUUCGAAUGGAUUGGGCGUCCUCGGACCCCCCCCCCCAAUCCCAUCGCGGUCGCCGGACAGUGUCAAUGACACAGUGUACGCAUCAUGGAAUGGGACUACCGAGGCGAAGCAGUGGAGGCUACUAGUCUCGACGUUCGACGCGCCACCAAUUUCGAGACGUCCAUCACCUACACGCGUGGGCAAUACGACUACUUCCAGGUAG